GAACAAGUAGGGACAACCUACCUAUGAGCUUCUUCCAGAAAUAUUUGAAGAUUAUGUCCAAGCAUUGGAGUAUAGGGGAUGUCUCCCCGCAGGAAUCCAGGGUACAUGUGGCCUCCGCCAUUUUGCAUAUACCUAUGACAGUAUCGCUGGUGUCUGCAGCACCUCCACGGAUCCCUGAUGGGACCUUGGAGCCACCAGGGUGGGGACUGGGAUUACCCUUGUGAGUCCAAAGGGGGGGGGGGUUAGUGGGAGGUCAUUUCCACUGUUGGAACCCUGUCUGUGCCAGACCAGGAGAUCGGCCACCUUUCCCCUCCUAGGCCGCACAGGUAAUAGGCUUUAUGGACAGACACUGAAGACCUUCGGUUCAUUCCCGAAGGGAAGCAGCAACAGCCAGUUGCUAGAAUUGAUUUCUGUCCUGUCCACUGCAGGCAACAAAGAGGGUGCUGGACCCUCCAGGCAUCUAUUAGUGCAGUUUUUUUUUUUUUACUCGUGCAAGAGUUUAUCCUGGCUCCCCAGGUUAUGUGAGCAUGGGAUUCAUGGCUUUGCCUUUCUCUCCAGCCUAGGCAUGGUGCUUCGUUAAGAUCCCUCCCCCCUAUUAAAAAGUAGUCAUGAACCCUGGUUUGCAGUCAGUGGCGUACAAACAAUCCACGGGGCCCCGGUGCAAAACUGAUCCGUGGCCCCCCAUCCCCUCCCUCUCUCGCCCCCCCACUCUCCAACAGACACACACACACACAUACACACAAAUACAGACAGACAGAUGCAUACAGACACAUGCACCCAUACAUACAUACAGACCGACAAACACACACACACACACACACACAAACAGACAGGCACACAUACACACACACACACACAAGACACACAUACAAACAGACACACACACACACAUGCACACAUACAUACAUACAUACAGACACACACAUACAUACAUAAAAACACACAUACAUAAGACACACAUACACACAUACAGACAGACACACACAACACAUGCAUGCAUACAAAGAUAUACACACAUAUAUACAGACAGACACACACACAAGGCAUACAUACAAAGACACAUACAUAAGACACACAUACGUACAAAGACACACACAAGACACACAUAUGUACAAAGACACAUACAUAAGACACACAUACGUACAAAAACACACACACGACACACAUACAUACAAAGACACAUACAUACAGAGACACACAUACCUACAAAGACACAUACACACAUACAUACAGACAGAAACACACACAAGACAUACAUACAAAGACAAAUACACACAAACACACACACACAAAAUAUUUUAGUCACCCUCCUGUUUCCUACCCUUUAGGUGCAGGAGGGUGACUGGGGUCCAGUGGUGGCUCAGGUGGAUGGGAGUCAGAGUUCCCACUUUGACUUCCUGGUCUUCCUUCCGCGCGGUUCUCAGUGUUAGCUGGGAGGAGUGACGUGCGGAUAAGUUACAGCUCUCUGCCAGCCCCCCUACACAGUGCACACCACUGAACCACCAGGGAAUGAGAGCCCCCCUCCCUGGCCAGCUAACAAGCAGGGAGGGGGGAUGAAAAAAUGUAGUAAUAUUAAAAUAAAAAAAUAUUAAUAAUAAUUUUAAAAAAUUAUAAAAAUGUCCACCCCGCACCAAGGCUCUGCAUCACAUACACACACACACACACACACUGCAUUCAUACAAACACACUGCAUUCAUUAUAUACACACACUGUAAAUAAAUAUUCAAUUAAUAUAAUUUUGGGGGGAUUUAAUUUUAUUUAGAAAUUUACCAGUAGCUGCUGCAUUUUCCACCCUAGUCUUAUACUUGAGUCAAUAUGUUUUCCCAGUUUUUUGGGGUAAAAUUAGGGGUCUCGACUUAUAUUCGGGUCGACUUAUACUCGAGUAUAUACGGUAAUUGUUUUGCUUGCCUCCAUUAACUGCCUAUUUAAUCCUAACUCUGUAGUUGAUCUUACCUUAUCUGCUUGCACAUGUAUGAUACAAUUGUCUUUCAGCAUUGGUUCCUGCUCAUACCAAGUGACCAAAUCCUUAAAUUGUCUUGUUUACUAGCAGCUGACUUUGGCUCUGACUGCCUGACUUCAUUCUUUGAUCUCCCAAUGGUACUUGCGUUUGCUUUUGGACACUCAACUCUGUUUACGCUAACUCCAAGGUCCUGCUAUACACCUGCAUUUCAGUUUAUUCUGUUCAACACACGGUAAACAUCAAAAAUUCACUUAUAUCUGCAUCAUCUGUCUCUACUUCUCUCAGACACAUCCUAAUUCAAACUCCCUUAGCCACAUAAUGGACAUUAUACUCUGUUCUCUGUUAUGCCUCCACUCCAGUUUUCUCAAGUGCUAUUUAAAACUGUGCUAUUCUGCCUUCAGGCAAUUUCAUAUUCAGAUUGCUAAUAUUGAUUACAAUAUAUAUUUUAAACCUCUGGAUUGUUGAACAUUGUUUCUGCUAAAAUGUUACAUUAUUAAAACCAUUCUGUAUAGGAAAAGUGUAGUCUAAGGAGGACAUCUGUAUACACUGCUCAGCCACAAUAGUAUAACCACUAGGUUAAGUUAAUAAUUAUAUAAUAUAUUAUAUAUAUUCAGGGCCAGACUGGGAACUAAAAGCAGCCCAGGAAAAAAAUUCUAUACCAGCCCAAUAAUGCGUCACGCCAGCAUAGUGUGCUGAUAUAGAGGGUGAAAAAAUAACUUGAAAUUGAAAACUUACUCGAACGAAAGAACGCAUAUAGGGCUUCAAAAUAAACAAAAGAUAAUAAUAUUUGAUCCUGAUGAAAGUCCUCUAUGCAGGACUGAAACGUUGAUCUUUUUAACUUCAUACUAAUAAAUUUUGGACUGUUAAAUCCGAGAGGGCUGCAUCCUUUUUGGAAGAAUAUAUAUAUUUAUAUUAAUGAUAUUUAUGUGUGUAUUAUGCAUAUAUAAAUGUAUAUUACUAUAUGUGUAAAUAUUAUAGGCAUAAUUAUAUGUACACACAUCAAUAUACAUGCAUAUAUAUAUAUAUAUAUAUAUAUAUAUAUGUGUGUAUUACUGUCAGGAUCACAUCAAUUUACGUCUAUUACCUUUACCUCGUUUAGUGUAUCUUGUCUCCAAUUGUCUCCUUUUUUUCCUCUUACAGCGACCCUUGUGCAUCUUUUACUUCAUCCCAGUCCCUCUGUAUUUCUCUUUCCGCCAGCCCCUUUUGUGUUGUUCUUAGCCCCAGCCACUUUGUCUCUUUCUCCCCUUCCAAAUCUCAUCUGGGUCUCUUUCUAACUCCAGACUCUGUGUGCCUCUUUCUCUUCUCCCAGCUACUCUCUGUCUCUUUUUCCCCAGCCCAGUGUUGCCUCCCACAAAUCUUGUGUCACUUUGUUCCCCUUCCCUCCUGUAUGUCUCUUUGUCCCCCAACAAACCUUGUGUGUCUCUUUCUCCCCUCUCCUCCCUGUGUUUCUCUUCCCCCUCUCCUCCCUCUGUCUCUUUGUCCCCCCUUCCCUGGUGUCUCUCUAUUACCCCAUCUGUCCCUGUGUCUCUCUAUUACCCAUCACUUUGUCCCCCAACCCCUAUGUCUCUCUAUUACCACUCUGACUCUUUGUCCCCCCCCUUCCCUGCUGUCUCUAUAUUACCCCUCUCUUUGUGCCCCAUCACCUGUCUCUCUAUUACCCCAUCUGUCUGUGUGCCCCCUUGCCUUGUCUCUCUAUUACCCCUCAGUCUCUGUGUGUCCCCUCCCCCUGUGUUUCUAUUACCCUUCUUUUUGUCCCCCCUUCCUCUCUUUUUGUCCCCCUUCCCCUUUUCCUAUUUUUCUGUGUGCCUGUUGUUACAGGAGGACUGUGGGAGGGGGCGGAGCUAACUACCAUGCUCCCUCGCAGUUCCCAUAAUUCCCAGCAUGGACACAUCAUAGAGUAAUCACUACUCUAUGAUGUGUAGAUGCUGGGAAUUAUGGGAACCGCGAGGGAGCACAGUAGUUAGCUCCGCCCCCUCCCACAGUCCUCCUGUGCUGACAGCUGCAUGGCUGUCAGUAUCAGUGAGUGUAUCGCUGGAUUGCUUAGGCGGCCGCCCGGCACACUCACUGAUACUGACAGCAGCAUAGCUGUCAGCACAGGAGAUGGGGCCGCCGGCCGCAAGGUGAGUAAUCACCUCAGAGUGUGCCGCCGGACCGGCCACCCGGCGGCAGCUACAUGCGGCCAGCGGCCGCGAUAUUAUUAUUAAAAUAUUAGGGAGAAGGGCUCCCUCUCUCACUCCAGCCCCCUAGGUGCCGCGGCCAACCGGGAAUUUCCCGGUAUCCCGGUGGGCCAGUCCAGCCCUGUAUAUAUUAAAUAAUUAUAAUAGUAAUGACAUCUAUCAAGGGGUGGAAUAUAUUAGGCAGCAAGGGAACAGUAGGUUCUUGAAUUUCAUGUAUUCGAAGCAGGCAAAAUGGGCAACUAAAAAAAUCUGAGUGACUUUGACAAAGGCAAAAGAGUGAUGGCUUGAAAACUGGGUCAGAGGAUCUCCAAAACAGCAAGUCUUGUGGGGUGUUCCCAGUAUGCAGUGGUUAGUACCUACCAAAAGUGGUGCAAGGAAGGACAGUAUCAUGGGUACCCCAGGGGCAUAUAAUCAAUCGCACAAGAGGAAGACUACCAGCGGAGGCAGUGUUAUGCUCUGGGCAGAGUUUUGCUGGGAAUCUUGGGUUCUGGCAUUCAUGUGGAUGUUACUUUGACACGUACUACCUACCUAGAGAUUGUUGCAGAUCACAUAGCAGCUGACCUCUUCAUGCCAAUGGUGUUUCCCAAUGGCAGAAGCCUCUUUCAGUAAGAUAGCGUACCCUGCUACACUGAACCGUCUGUUUGAGGAACAGGACAAAGAGUUCGAUGUGUGGCCUUGGCUUCCAAAUUCCCCAGAUCUCAAACUGAUUGAGAGUCUGUGGGAUGUGCUGGAACAACAAAUCCGACCCAUGGAGGCCCCACCUUGCAACUUACCAGACUUGCUGCUAAUGUCUUGGUGACAGAUAUUACAGGUGCAGAGAUCUUGUGGAGUCUAUGACUCGACAAAUAAGAGCUGUUUUGGCAGCACCAUAGAAACCUGCACAAUAUUAGGCAAGUGGUGUUAAUGUUGUGGCUGAUCAGUGUGCAUUGUAUAUAGUUACUGCGCUCUGCCUGUCUUAUAUUUAUAUGAGUGAUAAUUCUGAUUUGCUCUAUUGACAUUCCUAAGUUUUAUUCUCCCCAAAGCUUGCUCCACUGUUUAUGAACUCAAAUGUCACACUCUAACUAGUAUAAAAUUAGGUCUUUCAAUAUACUACUGAAGUUGUUGUGUCUAUCCAUUACUAAUUAUAACAUUUCCACCACCUAAAAACAUAACAGUAUUUGUAAAAUAUAAAGGUUGCAUGUGUCCAUUUUGGAACAUCUAAAUGAUCACACUGAAUUGGUAACAUAAAUUCACUGGCGUUAUAGCCUUCUCUUUGCACCUUAACUUACUUUGGAUAAAUAUUAAGGAAGUGAACUUCCUCAUUAUCACAACAUUAAGAUCGAGUGCAGGAAAAUUCACACUUUGUUGCCAAACCAUUUUAAGAACCUUAACCACUAUAAUAAGUACCUUUAAGUUAAGAAAAUAAUCAUGAAAUAGCUUUUCACUUUUUUUCCAAAACUAUAGCAUGCACAAGGUAUGUUUCAAAUGUGAAUAUAUUUAAUCAUUCACUUCAUUUGCUGGUAUUCAGAAAACAAGCAAGAAAAAUAGAAGCAUAUGUAUUUUUACAUUAAAAAUCAAUUUACAUUUUGCGUAUAUUUUAAAUAGAUUAACUCUGAAGCAUUUAAAGAUCAACACCAAUAUCAUCCAUUCAAAGCUGAACAAUAAUAAUAACCCUGAAAUCAAAUUAAAAUAUGCAUUAAGGAGACAUGAUUGUUGACUUUGGAAGUUCACUAACUCUAUCGGCUACAAAAAUGUAAACAUAUACAGUAUUUUAUUGGGAAUAUGAACACUCAAUGCUUGGUCUUUCAAACCUGUUGAAAUAGAACAGGGCAGAGAAUUCCAUUAGUCUAACAACAUACCGCACACUAGAGAAUACAAGCUGCCUACAGUAUAUUUGUAUCUGACAUUUGUAUUCAACUUUUCAAUAUAAAAGAUGAAAAACAUAGAUUGAAUUGUCAUCUAGAAG